AAUCAUAUGUGAGCGGUUUGAUUUUUAUAUCUGCCUGUUUUCUAAUAUUGUGCGUCGUAAUCUCGUGAAUGUUGUGUCAUGAAAUAAAAUUUAUUGAAGAUAUUAAGUUUUAUUUAGACGAUAAUGGUAAAUAUAUUACACAUACGUUGCCUUUUUAAGCACCAACUGACUGACCUCGAGAUCUUACCUCGUGCGCAAAUGUGGUACGAUGGGUUGCAUAUGCGCGCGUUGCCCGCUUCGGCUUGUGCAUACCGAAAAAAAUGUGAAUUUGAAUUACGACCAACAUUUGAUUUUGCAAACAGCAUUAAAAGAGAGUCUCAAUUUGCACAUUUAACUAUCACCAUUAAUUUUAUUAGAGCAUUGCAUAAAAUGGCAACUAAUGGUCCCAAACCGCUGGUGUUUUGUGGACCAUCGGGAUCGGGGAAAAGCACCAUGCUAACGAAACUAUUGGUCGACUACCCAACGCAUUUUGGGUUUAGCGUAAGCCACACCACCCGAUUGCCGCGUGAGGGUGAAGUGGACGGCGUCCAUUACCACUUCACUACUGUUAAACAAAUGAAAGAGGACAUUAACGAGGGUAAGUUCAUUGAGUCGGCCACUUUUGGUGGGAACAUGUACGGCACCAGUAUCAAGGCGGUCGAGGUGGUUCGUGAUAGCGGGAAGGUGUGCAUAUUGGACAUUGACGUGCAAGGUGUGAAACAAGUAAAGCAGACCUCGCUGAAUCCGUGGUACGUAUUUGUGAAGCCCCCAUCUCUGGAUGCGCUUGAGGAACGAUUAAAAAAGCGCAAAACUGAGAAUCUCACAAGUCUGACUUUGCGUCUGCAAGCAGCACAAAAAGAAAUCGAAUACGGUGAGGAAGCGGGAAAUUUCGAUUUAUUAGUCAUAAAUGAUGACUUGCACCACGCAUAUGAUGAAAUAAAAAAGUUUGUUGAGGACAAGGUUUUAUGUGGUAAUAAUAUUGGAUAAACCAGUUACAUAGGUUUAAAUAUAAUAGAUCAAUCAUUCACUAUUUAUUUACCUCACUAAUGUUGAACGUUAGGAGCUGCAAUUUAGGUGUAAAUAGAUUUUAAAGCCAAUGAUGGCGACGCUGUUUACAAGGGCCCAGAAUUGUUAACUUACAUAAUGAAAUCCUAUUUUAGAACAUUUUUUUGCAAUGAAACAAUUGUAUUUUUAUUUAUUGAACUUUAUGAUUUCAUUCCUACAGUUACACUAUAGAAAAGGAUGUGGAGUGUAAACGAGAAUAGUAAUUUGACAAUAAAAAUUGAAUGAG